GCGAGGAUGCUGCUGCUGCUGCUGCUGCUGCGGGGGGCUUGAGGCGGCGUCUCUGCUCGGCUCGGGCCUCGAGGGGGGCGCCCGGCGGUGGCAGCGGGAAGGAAAAUACACACAGAGAAGCGUGUCAGCUCUACAGCAAUUCCAGAUCAACAGUGCAUCAAAACUCUUGUCUGGAAAAGCAGAGAUGGCGAGAGAGAGAAACACGUGGAAGCAGCGUGACGCUUUAUCUUUCCAAGCAGAGGCAGAACGAGCGAGACGUGGCACUGAUUGAAGGGCGGUGCGAUCUCCCUGCUUGCUGAAAGAAGGCUGUGCAGCUGUUUUGGGGACAUACCCUGAAUUUGGGACAGGAUUAAAGGAUGGCGCAGGUUCUCCGUAUGGAGACGGGCUUCCCAGGGAAAGCCAAUCCCACCUCCUCUGCAGCUUUCCAUGGGAAGGCUCAGGAUUUGAAUUAUUCCGUGGAGACUCCGUAUGGCUACCGCCUGGACCUGGACUUCCUCAAGUACGUGGAUGACAUUGAGAAAGGCAACACCAUUAAGCGUAUUCCAGUCCAUCGCCGACCACGCUACAGCUCACUGCCCCGGGGUUAUGGCUAUACUGGCUCGUGGUGGACUUCCACCGAGUCCCUCUGCUCCAAUGCUAGCAUGGACAGCCAGCACUCCUCCUAUUCUUAUUGCGGACGCAGCUUCUAUCCACAGUAUGGCAAUGCAAUGUCAAGCAACUUCAAUGCCCGGGUGGAGAAGACUUUAUUGGAUGCUAGGAAGAAGCUAGAAGACCAGGCAGGUGCAGGAGAGGAGGAAAGGACCCGGGCAAGUGGUCUAAGAAGUCUUAACAGCAGCAUAUCUGGAUCCACCAGCUCCUUGGUGGGAAACCAGAGCUUAUCCCGUCAGACUUCCUAUAACAGCUCCCAGCAAGGUGCUCCUGGGCAAUUCACACCGAUCGGUUCUGGCAUGUCCACUCCAGUCUCCCCGACCGCAGGACACCUCCAGCACGUUCGAGAGCAAAUGGCCGUGGCCUUGAAGAAGUUGCGCCUGUUGGAAGAGCAGGUGAAGAUGGUGCCGGUGCUGCAGGUGAAAAUCUCGGUGCUGCAGGAGGAAAAGCGGCAGCUCAGCGUCCAGCUCAAAAGCCAGAAGUUCUUGGGCCACCCAGGGGGAGUUAGCAAAGGCAAGCCCAGGGGGGAGCUCUACAUAGACAUCCCUGAGGAGGGGGCAGGAGGGGGGAAAGAAGAGGGCAGUGUGACGCCCGAGACAAGGAGCAGCUUGGAGAAAAAGGACGUGAGAUCGGUGGCGGUGGGGAUGUCAGCGGAAGAUACGGAGGGUGGUAAGUGUGACGUGGGGGUGGCGGUCCGGGAGGAGGAGCUGGGCCUUCCUUCCCCAGGGGAGGAGUGGCAGAGCCCAGCUAUGCAUGCUUUGUCAGUCAAGAUUGCUGUAUUAGAGAAGCAGCUUAAGAGGGCGCUUCAAGAGCUCCAGGCUGCCCACCAGAAAAUGGAACACCAGGGCAAGGAGAAAGAGGACAAAUGGACGUCCACGGGGGAUAACGGCCUGACAGAAUGGGCAGUAGGGCGAGCAGGUUCAGAGCAGAGGGGAGAAGGGUCCUCCCAGAGGCACCGAGAGGUCGCCAUCGAUAAGAACACAGCUGAAGUUGUCCAAGCGGAAAGUGAGCCAGAAGUCGUUACCAGCAGCUUCGUAGGGUUAGACCACAGGCCACAGAAGCCACAACGCCUGGACAUGAAGGAUUCCCGUACCAGCCUCGGAUCCUCAGCAGGCAAAGAUCUGGGGAACAAGGAAGCCCAGAUGCCACUCUGUUCCACGUAUCACAGCGACAAGGUGGUGGAGACUACGUUCCCGGUCCAUGCUGGCCCUGUGACCACGGCGACCACCUUCCAUUCGGUGAAAAAGAUCAGCAUCAUCAGCGCGGAGGAGGAUGGGAUGGGAAAGCAAGACACAGAGACCCCGGGCUCAUUAAAGGAAACCGAGCCCCUGGCUCCUGACUCCGUCUAUAAAGGGCAGGCGGCUCCCUGUCUCUCCCAGGAGGCUCCCUUAGAUGCACUACGUGAACGAGAGCACCAAGCUUCAUUCACAGCAGGGAGCCGGUCAGUCAUGAAGGAGGAGGAGCCAUCAGAGCUUCUGGGAAGCAAAAAGAGCGUCCAGUCGGUGGGAGUCAAUGGCGGGUACGAAUCCUCCUCAUCUGAAGACUCCAGCACGGCCGAGAAUGUCUCAGACAAUGAGAGCACGGAGAGCGAAUACCACGAGGCGAGCGAUGGGCUCCUUGCAGCAGUAGCCUCAGCAGCGGAGCCCCCAACGUCUCCUCCAGCAGCCCCAGCUACGUCUCACCCGGGAGUCUCUGCCGAGGGGAGGGAAAUAUCAGCGGCCAAAAGCGCCACCAAGGAGCAAGCAAGCAAUCCUGGGAGGGGACUCAGUAAAGAAUUGCUUUCAGCCUGCCACGUCCUGCAGCAAUACCUGGACAGCCCAGAUGUACACAUGGAUGAAGAGACGAAAUUGGCAUACACCGCAGUGCUUCACUCUUGGUUGAGGCUUUCUUGCCAUAAAGAAGCCAACCCAGAAUGGGUCUCACGGCAUUUGGCUGCUUUCCAGGCCAUCUCCCCCCAGUUGCUGGAGUUCAUAAUCAAUAUGGCAGAUGCCAACGGUAAUACGGCGCUCCAUUACACCGUCUCGCAUUCCAAUUUCCCUGUGGUUGCAGAGCUGCUGAAAACAGGUUUGUGUCACGUGAAUCAGCAGAACAAAGCUGGUUACACAGCCAUCAUGCUGACGGCGCUGGCUGCCUCCCGCUCGGAGAGCGAUAAGGAGAUCAUUAUGCAGCUGCUGGAAAGGGGCGACGUUAAUGCCAAAGCCAGCCAGGCUGGGCAGACGGCCUUGAUGUUGGCUGUCAGCCAUGGACGUCUGGAUAUGGUGUGCGCCCUUCUAGCUAGCGCUGCAGAUGUCAACGUGCAAGAUGACGACGGCUCCACAGCGCUAAUGUGUGCCUGUGAGCAUGGCCAUGCCGAGAUAGUCCGCCUGCUGCUGUCCACGGCUAGCUGUGAUGUCACCCUCGCGGACCAUGAUGGCAGCACAGCUCUCUCUAUUGCCCUGGAAGCAGGACAGAAUGACAUUGCUGUUAUGCUUCAUGCUCAUCUGAACAGCGCCAAAUCCACAUCUCUGGGGACUUCGAUUCAAGAGAAGCCCGGAGAUGUCGCCAAGAUGGCCAGCCAUGCUCAGUAGCACAAAGGGGCCCGACAGAACAUCUCGCGAACUGCAAAGGUUUCUCUCAGAGAAGAAAGGCUUGUGAGCUUGUCAGAGUGGGGAAGCAAACUUUUCUGGUACAUUCUGCAGGUUUAUUGGGUUCCUAAGAACUGCUGUGGUUUCUACGUUUCCGGCACCCCCUCCAUCUGUUGGAAUCUCUCCUGUCGACUGCACGGUCCGUAUCUGAGGGGUGAGGGUUGGCCUUCCUACAGGAGGUACUUCAAGGCCGCCAUUUUAGAAAUGCUGCAGCGUAGCCAGCAAAAACACAACCAGUUACAAAUUCUGCCCAUUGGUGAGCCGAGGAGAAGCAUCUGCAAAGAGAGGCCGUGGAUAUCUUGGGCCCACUGGUGGGCAAGCCCCUUCCCAUCUCCUUUUUCAUUAAGUUCCUGUUCCCUUUGUAGACUGACAAAAGUUUUUCCCAGAGGCCAUUGAAGGAGUGCCUCUUUAAAGAAACUCCAUCAAGAACAGUUUUUGCUUUUUUUUAAAAAAAUGGUAAGACAUCCUUUUUAAAACACAAAUCUACUUGAAAUUAUUUUUGGAUGCUCCCUUGUGUGCCUAACUCUGUGUGUCUUUUAAGAAGCUUCAAUUGAAGAGCUAAAAGGAUUUACUAGUUUUGAUUUUUCCAAAUAAAAAUGCAACAAAGCAAUUUUGCAAUAGAAUUGAAUGUUUGAUACUCAAGAUUUAGAUAAAUUUAAUUAAUUUUGCAGAAUGUGAAUUCUUACUGUAUUUGGUAACUUGGCAAGGGACCCAUCGAACAAUUUUUUUAAAAAAAUGUUUAGGAUUUUAAGUGUUCCUGGCCCCAAAUAUCUGUGCGCACAUUACCGUUUCAAAGUCCAUUACCUGUCCAUGUGCUCUUGUUUGAUCAUGGAUGUUCUGCUAAAAAAUUGAUAUUCCAUUUCCUUUAAAAGCUCUGUUCACUUUAUUCUUUGGCUUUAAAAUGCCAAAAUUUACUUUUCUAUCAGCAGCCAGAUGGGCAUCGGAAAACAGAAGAGGAUGGACUUUGGUGGUUGUUUUAAAAAUGCCAAAUUUGAAAAGGUAUGCAAGUGAAAGGGUAUGCGUGCGUGCACACUUUUAGUAUACGUUUAGUACACAAAGGCACUAAGAUCCCAAAAUGUAGAUCUUAGGAUUUUAAAUAAUGCAGAAUAUUCCGGUGAAAUGAUACGUCUUUGCAGCAAACCUGCUUGCUGAUCUCUUUGCACAAUUUAUUUUCUGUCUUCAGCAGCAUUUAUUAGAAACUUGGACUUGAAACAAAUGUCUGUUCAGAACCAAAUUAUUCUUGAGCUGUUCUGAACACAAAAGAGGUAUAUGUCUCUCUUCCUAAUGGUCGCUUUUCUUUAGCUGCCCCCAGAGCGGAUGUUGUGAACUGGUUUUAGAAUUUCUGUGUUUGUAGGUUCCCCUGAACCUUGUAUAUGCCUCAUAUAUAUGUAAUCUGUUUUAUGAUUGCCAUAUGAUAUUUCUAUACUUUUAAAUGAAGUUAAUGCCGUUUAUAAUCACUAAAAAUAAAGUUAUCAUAUGUUGAUA